AGUCUACAGCCCUUCGGCUCACCUCCGGGCAAUUAGCGGCCAUGGAGGAUGAACUGGAGAGGCAAGCCCAGGUGAUGGCGGAGAAAGCGCUCUCCGCCCUCCCUGAAGCUGCCCGGGCCGGGAAGAUUGCGAAGGUGAAGGAAGGCAUCUUGAAGCGCUUGAAGGAGCAGGCCAACGCUGCCAGCCCUCCGGUGCCGAUGCCGGCGCCAGCCGCGCCAGUUCCGGCUGGAAUUCCUGCGCCGGUCACAAUGGUUGCCCCACCUUCCACCAACACGGCGGCGCCGGAGAGCGAUGGCCCGCAAAAGCUGCCCGGCAUUGAGGUGCUGGGAGAUGAGCUGUGGUUCUCCUUUUUGCCAACCAGACGGGCACUGCGCGAACGGGUGGUUGCAGCCCAUGCGGGCCAGAAAAUCCUUGUGGCUGCUCCUGCCAUCGAGGUCAAGCGAAUUUGUCCAGGGCCUGGGCGAAUCCUCGGGGCAGGCGCAGUGUUGCGCCUGGGCGGCUCUACGCUGGGGGGCUAUGGAGAGGCGGACGUGAACUACGCGUACCGCCAGCUCUCCAGAGCCCUUCACCCGGACAAGAAUCCGGAUAUUCCCGAGGCCCAUGAUGCCUUCAAGCGCCUAACAGACGCAGCGGCGGAGCUGAAAGAAGGCUUGGAAGAGCAGAGGAACGUCCUGCGAGCCAUUUGCCUCACGAUGGGCGUGGUGGUUACGCCUGAAAUGACGGAACGUCCUCAGGAAGCACUCUUUGCAGAGGCAAACCGGAUGCUCCAUGCUGUGCUGGGGCUCACUGGCGAGGGCGAGGUGCCGGGGCCAGCCCUGUCCCGGUCCCUGGCGGUCUUCACCGCUGCCGCGGCCUGGACGAAUUGCAGGCCGCAGGUGCUCCUGUCCGAGUGGUUCGACCACACCCGAUUGCUGGACCUCUUUGCACUAUUCCCAAUGCGCACGGCCUAUGACUGCGCGCCCAAGCGCUAUCGAGCGCAAUUCCUAUGUGCUCUCAAUCGUGCGACCAUGGCGGAGGCAAAGAGGAAUCACGACUGUGUCCGCGGAAACUGGCAGACGGUCAUGAUGCAGUACCCAGAGAUCGGCCUUUGGCGUGACCUCAGGGAGAAGAUCAAGGUCCGAGUGUGGACGCCGGACGCAGAGCCUGGCGCCAAAACGCGGCGAGGCAGCAUGUGGGAUGAUGAGGAGGGCAAGCGUAGCUCCAAAUGGGCAGACACCUGGCGCGAGAGGAUCAGGAACAUCCUCCCGCGCGGCAUUGACAGCUUUGUAGGCUGCAAUGACAAAGAGGUUCGUCAAUUGGCCGCAGCUUUGUGGAAGGACAUCGCUGAGUGGGUCAAGGAAGACCCUCAAGGCCCGCGGCUUCUCAGCCUUUUCACUGCGGAGCCCACUGUGGCGCCGGACGGCACGGAGGUCCCCGCGGUGGAUGAAUGGGCCUUCGUCCCAGUGGGGGACAUCCUCCUCGUUGUAGGGGAGGGCAUCGUCGGCAUCACCGCAGAGGGCCUGGGCGCUGCGGACGCCAAGCCGGGCCACGAGAGGAUGACGUUUGCGGACGUGAUGCAGGGCAAGAGACAAAGGGUCAAGGCGGAGGACGACAAAGAAAAGAAGAGGAGCAAAGAUGACAAGGAGCGAAGUACAUCCAGGGAAAGGAGAAAGAUCGCAAAAGACAAGGACGGGAAGCCGGUGAAUGACCCAGACUUCAACUGGGAGAAGGUGUGGAGGGAGCGGGUCAACCUGAGCAAGACACGUCCGCGAACGGCGCGCUCGCCGUCCCGUCGCAGAUCUCGGUCCCGGCGCCGCCGGUCACGGUCUCGCGUUCGACGAGACAGAUCGAGGCGCCGACGCAUUUCCAUCUCCGGGUCCCGGUCAGGGUCCAGAUGACAGGAGCCAUGCGUCGAGUGACCAUCCGGAUCCGAUGCCGAGCC